UCGUGCAUAGGAGUGUCUGUUUAUUUUAAUACGAGCAUUUCAUAUUACCUGUUGUCAUUUGAUAAACCAGUAACACGAAGGAGCGAAAAAUGGCAGAAACAUCAUUUUCGAAACCGUCAGACACUGAAACACUGAAUUACAUUCAGGAGAUACGGCAAAUGAUGCAUGGGUUUGGUGAUAGUAGUGAACCAUUGUUUGAAUCUGCCAAAAUUAUAGAAGAAGUAGUACUACAACAAAUGAAAACAAUCGUUAGAAGAGCUUGCGAAAUUGCAGAUAGACGAGCCGUUUCAAAGAAAAGUAAUGUCAUUAAUGGAGAGGACCUUCUUUUUCUUCUACGCAAAGACAAGGUCAAGCUUCAGCGUAUUGUAAAGUAUCUCGAACUGAAAGAAUUGGGGACUUCGGCUCAAAAAAUCUUGACAAACGAUGUACCACAGAAUGUUACAGAUACUGAACAAAUAGAUAAUAUAAAGAAAAUGCCAUUUCAGACUUUUUUAGAUGAGAUUGAUAAUACAGGUGAACUUUUGGAAAAUCCAUCCUCUGUGGACGAUGUUAAACGACGUAGAUGCAUUCGUGCAGAUAUUGUGACGAGAUCUAUGGAUGAGAUUCAUUACAUGAAAUUUGCCAAGGCGCGUCGAGUUUCCUUUGCAAACAAAAAUCGCCAUAAAUUCAGCGAUUGGAUCUGUUUGGAUGGCGAUGUUACCUUGUCAAAGCAAGCAUACACAAUCUUAUCUUAUCUUGCAUAUGAAACGGUUGCUCAAAUUGUUGAUCUCGCUUUCCUGGUUCGACAAGAUCAAAGUAAAAUGCAAGGAGAUGCCAUAGAUCGACAACGAUAUAACUAUGUUAAUCUAUUUACAUAUAAACCGCGCAAAAAUUUUGUAAUGAAAUCAUUAACUCCUUCGGAGAUAACUGAAGCCCUUAGGAGAUACUGGUCUCCACAACUAGAUAUGACAGGUCCAUUUAACAGAUGGUCCAUGAGAAGACCACAUUUAAAACUCCUUGCAUGUUAGAUAUGAAAAUUUAAAGGUUUUCUACUUAGGAUCGGACUGGAUCCACCGCCAAUGUUCCUUAUGAGAUUCCUCAGUGUCUUUGGAUUUUCCAGUAACGGUGACUCUCUGUUAUUUAUAAAUAUUAUUAAUCAUAUUAGAUUAUAGAUUAUAAUUUUUUUACGAAACAUAAACGUACUGAGCAAUAAUAUAAAAAUCAUCCAUGAUGGGAGGAUGCUGUGGUGCUGGACCUGGAUUCACAUCCGAUAUGCUUUCUACUUUAACAGACUCACUCAACCGUUGCUUGAGUAUUUCAUUCUCCUCUUGCAAUCGUUUUAAUUUAUUUGUAUCCUCAUCAAUCGUGAGUAAUGUCGGCUGUGGCAUACACUAAGAUAACGGCAUAUUAAAUUUCUCAUCAUUCAUAUCAUGUUUUACGCACAUAUCUUAUCAUCUUUUAUCUUUCUCUUAUUAUGACGAAAAAUAUAUAAAUACUCAAUUUUUGUAGGAAUAUUCAAAUGCUUUUAUCUCAUAGCUUUAUAUUAUUUAAGCUUAUUAUUUAUUAACAGAAACUAAUUUCAGCUUUGCAGUGCGAAAAUCUUUUUACUUACUUGGAAAAUUGUUGCUAAGAAAUUAUGUAAGGAUACUAACAUAGUAUCAUGCCACUGUUUACUAAAAUGGACAGAAUAAGCUGGAUUGUCUUCAGGAUUCUUGAUAAAAGCGAGAGCUGUAACACAAAUUAUACAAAUUAUGAUCUAUUAGAUUUAAUUAUAAAUUUUACAAGGAACAUACCAAACCAUUCCUUCCAUUCUGAGUGGCCCUGUAAUUCUGGCGCCAUUUUAGUAAAAAAUUCUUGUAUUCUAUCUUGCUUGCCAUUCACAGCUGCAUUCACCAGGUACAUCUUUAGCACAGCAUUUUCUAAUUUUCUGACCGCAGGUGUAAAAUGACUUUCCAAUCGGCAAAACAUUCUAGUAUCCAAAUGUCCCCAUAGUUCCCUCAGCGAUGCCAGAUCAUAAUUAUAUAUGUAUUGCAUUAAUUGAUCGAUUAUUUUAUCUACCUGUUCAAUGGAACAAUGUUGAAUAUUGUUAAGAUAUUUUCUUGAUAUUAAUGUAUAAUUUUCAUACAUUACUAAUAAUAUAUAUAUUUCAUAUACAAAUAUUUCUGUCUAGGCAUAAUAUUUUAUAUAAAGAAACAUAUGUAGAUGUAUCACGACAGAAUAAAGCAAAUAUAUUGAUAAAUACAA